AUGUUCCACCCCUGGCACGACGUCACCCCCGCCGUAGAAGACCGCGAGCUCCCCCACGGGUUCCGCGCGGUCAUCGAGAUCCCGAAGGGCUCGGUCAACAAGUACGAGCUGGACAAGAAAUCCGGCAUGCUCAAGCUCGACCGGACCCUCCACAGCGCUGUGUAUUACCCCGCCAACUACGGCUUCAUCCCGCAGACGCUGGCCGAGGACGACGACCCGCUCGACGUCCUCGUCUUCGCCUCCACGCCCAUCGAGCCGAUGUGCCUCUGCUCCGCCCGACCCGUCGGCGUGAUGGAGAUGGUCGACGAGGGCGCGCCGGACCACAAAAUCGUGGCCGUGCUCAUCGGGGAUCCCGAAUACAAGCAGUACCGCGACGCCGCGGACUUCCCCGAGCACACCUUCAAGAUGCUCAAACGCUUCUUCGAGGACUACAAGCAGCUCGAGGGCAAGGAGGUCGCCGUCGACGAGAUCAAGCCCGCGGCCGAGGCGCUGGCGAUCCUGGAAGACUGCCUCCUCCGCUAUUCCAAGGUGCGCCGACAGGGCAAGAUGGAAGGCCUGAUCUGA